UACAGCACUGUCGCCACACUCCAUGACAGGUCAUAGCAGUAAGCCCUUGUGAACAUGGUACUUCUCUAGUGCCAGACUCUGCUGCUGCCACCAUGUCUUGUUUGGGCAGUCAUCUCUCUCAGCACACUUGAGGCCAUCACAGCAGGCGAGCUACAAGUCCUACAGACUGGACGAUGGGGAAUAUGAUGCGAGCUGCGAGUGCCAGAGUCAAGGUCAACACGGACAACCAUGACAGCUCUCAAAAAGGUUUGGAAGACGACAUUGUGGUGGUGCUUCAGGACUACCCGUCUCGUGAAAUCAGCGAGCCCAUUUACAGGAUGGGGGAGAAGCUCAGAGUUAUCGCUCAGGAGGCUUACUGGUGGAGAGUCCGCUCUAUUCAAACAGGAAAUGAGAACUACAUACCCAACAGCCAUGUGGCCAAAGUGUACCAUGGGUGGCUGUUUGAGGGGGUGGAGAGGCAGAAGGCCGAGGAGCUGCUCUUACUACCUGUGAACAGAGUGGGCUCCUUCCUGGUGCGGGAGAGCAGCAGGGAGAGAGGUCUGUAUUCGCUCUCAGUGAAGCACAGGAUCAUAAAGCACUAUCGUAUCUUCAGACUGGACAACAGCUGGUACUACAUCUCUCCUCGCCUCACUUUCCAGUGCCUUGAAGAUAUGAUCAACCACUACUCUGACUUUGCAGAUGGCCUGUGUUGUGCAUUAACCACCCCCUGUCUGUCAGGCACACCGCCGCCACCAGAUGUAAAUUCUGGAGCACCACCUGUUGUCAUGCGACACAACUUUGACUGGAGGAAAGUAGACAGGAGACAGCUGGUCAGCACAGCGUUGGAAAGUGACAACAUGGUGAGCUAUGGCGUCAGGAACAGCAUGGCCGCCUACCUGUCCUUUUCUGAAGACGCUGCACACACGGGAGCAGAGAGCAGGAAGAAGAAGAGUAAAUCUGUUUAUGGUUUCCCUGAAAGACGCCUCACAAACUUUGACUUAGAUGAUGACUUCUAGAGACAGUAGUGAGGUUUAAAAGACUGGAAUACCUUCAAGUGAAGGGCAGUAGAGGGCAUCCUUCUCUGAAAUCCACCACAUUUCUGAUGUCGGCAGUGGGCUGCACUGAACCGGCAAUUGUGUUAAAUAUACAAAACAAACAACGAAGUGUAUUAUAGUUUCUAAUGCGAGCACUUUGAAGUACUUUAACAAUAACGCAAAUUGCAUGACCACGUUGACUCAACUGAUAAGAUGAGACAGGACUAUAUGGAGAUGAACUGGACAAUGGUGCAAUUGAAUUGUGGUGUGUAUUCUGCACAUGAGCUGGAAAAAUGAACAACCAGGCAUUAUGAUAGUAUUUGAAUGCUAUGGGUAUUGUUGGGUAAUAUAUGUUUAUUAAUGAUUUUCAAACUAUUUUCCUUUGUUCUUAAUAAAUGUUGUAUGUUAAAAUUGUUAUAUUUUGACACCAACUUAAACAACAUCAUAUUUUCUUUUGUUGCAACUUUGAAAUAUUUUUACCUCAUUAAGUUGCUAUGGAAACGUGUUAGCAAACAGUGGCAAAUCCAGCAGAUACGGAGCAACAUCAGCAAUAAUUUGAAGUCGUGUUUGUGUCUACCUUUUAAGUCCAAACUCUCCUUUAAGCUCUGUUUUGCUCUCUACCAACUCAUAAGGGAAAUAUCUGUCUCUUUAACCGCUUAAUGCUCCACUUUGUUUACCAGCAAGUUGCAAACUUUCUGUGGUUUUAUCAGAGCCUUUUCAUUAAAAACAGCUGCCUGCUGUUAUGCAGAACAGUAAAGCUGUAAAAAAUUGGAUUAAAGAUGCUAAAAUGCUUCAUAGAGCUAACAGGAACUGCAGAGUUGGGGGAUAGGUGAUAGUCAUUUCAUCCAUUGUUAAUAUAGAAAUGUUGAUCAGAGCCGCUUUCAGUAUUAAAUAUUUGGGGUUGAGGAAGUAGAAGAAGUAAUCAUUUCGAAAAUGAUACACUUCAUUGAUGGAUACACAGAUAAUUCACUAAGAUAAGACUGUACAGAAACAAGCCACUGUGACAAUUCUGUAAUCUUUAUUUAUAUUAUACAUAUAUUUGAGUACUGAAGCCAAGAUUAUCAUUUGUGCACAAUGGCUGUAUUGUCCAUUCAGGUACUUGGGCAAAUACAGUGCUACAAGAUCUCUGAAAUAUGAAUAAAAGGUCAUGAUCUAGUAUUGUU